AUAGGGGCCCCCCCCCGAACUGUCAUCUAGGAGCCGCGGCGCGGGUGGGAGGAAGAGGCCGCCCUAGCUGUGCGUUGUCCUCACGGCCGGCGGGAAGCGAGCGCGCUCUCGAAAUCCUAGGGCUCCUGCGACCCCUUUCACAGCGCCAUGGCAGUCCCAGGUUGCAACAAGGACAGUGUCCGAGCAGGCUGUAAAAAAUGUGGCUACCCUGGUCACCUGACUUUUGAAUGCCGCAAUUUUCUCCGAGUAGACCCGAAAAGGGACAUAGUUUUGGAUGUCAGCAGCACAAGCAGUGAAGAGAGUGAUGAAGAGAAUGAAGAACUGAACAAAUUGCAGGCAUUACAAGAAAAAAGAAUAAAUGAAGAAGAGGAGAAGAAAAAAGCAAAAAGCAAAGAGAAAAUCAAGUUGAAAAAGAAGAGGAAAAGGUCUUAUUCAUCCAGUUCCACUGAAGAGGACACUUCAAAACAAAAGAAACAAAAAUCUCAGAAGAAAGAAAAGAAAAAAGAAAAAAAGAAUAAAUCAAAAAAGGGGAAACAUCACAAAAAGGAAAAAAAGAAGAGAAAAAAGGAAAAGCAUUCUUCCAUCUCCAAUAGUUCUGAAAUCUCCAAAAAGUAACUGAGACUUUGGCCUAAGCCAUUAAAAUAUAAAUUUUGGUUUUGAAAAUUAUUUGACCUUCCUUGGAAUCUGCUAUAUAAUUAUGCUUUGCAAUAAAUCACAACCUUUUCCAUAUAGACACUUUUUUCAUGUAUAGGACCAUUAUCCUCUGGCAAUAUAUUUCUAAUGUGCUAUAACUAUAAAGUAUUGAAUCAGUCUUAUUACUUGAUUGCCAUGCCCCAAGUAUGGAUAUUUGUAUAUACAAAACAUAUCAUUUUUGGUAUUCGUAUCUCUGUGUGUCUGACUAGUGUUAUUCAUAAGUUGAUUGUAAACGGCUUUACUACAGUCAACACAGGUAAUCUACCCAGCCGUUAAUGAGUGUUGCUGAAUCAAGUGUCCACCUUCCAGUAUAAAGUGAGGUAGGGGAUAAUGGUUUGCUCUUAACACUGAAAACUUUUAUCCUAUGAUAAUGUAUAAAGAUAGUGAAAUUCUUCACUGUUGUUUUAAAAUCUCUAGCCGUAUUUUGGAUGUCUUAGGAGAUGAGGCUGCUUUAUUGGUCUUGACUAGGACUUUUUAAAUGAACGGUGUCGGCAGGAAGAUGAUGAAAAUAUUUCUAACAGUUUCACUGUUUUAUGAAAUGCAGAGUUUCUAGUACCUGCCUCCUUUGUUUUUAUAACAAUUAAAAUAAUUCUUCAUUUUUUAAAAAGACAAGUCUAGUUCAGCCUAUUAGUAAAUCUUGUAAAGAUGAUGCUGUUUUGGGCAGGAUUUUUAGGAUAGACUCCUGGGUUGUUUUACAAAUGUGCCAUAUUGGCAUAUCUUAAAGUGAUACCUCAAACACAGAACUUUUUAUUUAGGAGGGUGACAGCUAAAUCUUCAUUAGAACUGAUUUUUAUUGUAUUCAGUAUGUAAAUUUUAUGAAGCUUGUUUCUAUGAGUAAUGUGGAAAAUUUUUAUAAAUGUUAACAAAUAUAUUUAUUUGUCUGAAAUAACUUGUAGUUUUGAAGGAGGUUUCACACUGAUUUUAUAGUUUCAUCAAUGACCAGUUUGGGGUGUUUUUCUCUUUUACUUCAGUCAUAAACGUUAGGAGCAGUGACAAAAAUUUAGGAUUAGGAAUUUUAUUCUGUACUUUUUAAAAUUUAAGAGUUGCAUCAUGAAAGCUUUUAUAUAACAAUGGAAAUUUUAUAUGAGUAAGCAUUUUCAAACACAUAUUAUGUAGAUAUAAAUGUUUCUUACAUUUUUAAUUUCACAAUGAUCAGUGUUACGCUUAACACUUGGGUAUCCCCUAUGCCCAAUAAGUUAAAUACUUACUUCUGUAGCAGCAUCGAAAGUCAAUCAGUUAUCAUGGCACACCACCAAAGAUUGCAAGUACCUCACUGUGGUGCAGUUAUAAAUUUUCAGAUUGAGAACCUCCCACAGACAUGGCUGCAGGUGAAUUCAUUAUGGUGGAAUCAGGUAAGUAACCUCACAUGUAACCUCACAGGCUAGAAAGCUGUACUGAUUCUUCCUUCACUCAGCACCCUGCCUGGCAUGGCCUCAGUAAGACUGGGGGAGCCUCGUAACUCCUCUUGACCUACGUUCACCAUGCUCAAAGUCUAGGGAAGCUGCACCCACACCGCUAUUCAAGCAUCAUGGCCAUGGAAGCUCUCACUCACACUUCUAGCUUUUUUAUAACCUAAUUUAGUUGUCUGGCCUGCUUAAAAGGAAAUUCUCUUGUUUAAAUAGUUCAGUCAGUUGUUUGGAGACAAACACAGAGCUGUUAGGUUUUUAAGGGUUUGUUUUGCCUUUGCUGUAUUUUAUGUAUUUUUGAAAAUUAUACUUUAUGAAAAUACAGUUCUUUAGUUAUCAAGCUGGAAAAAAUAAGUAAAAAAAAAAAAACUUUGGAAAAUGCUGCAUGCAAAAGAAUAGCCUUAUCCCACUGAAUGUGCAACAUGGUUAAAAAUAAUAGUAAUUGUAGUGAAACAGAGUUAAUCCAAUUAUUUGUAAGUUUUAUUUCUGUUAAUUGUAGAGAUUAUAAAUUGACUCAUUAGUUUUAUUUCCUGAAUGGUGACACGAUUAAUAAUGGUUCAGAAGGGUUAUAUAAAAUUCAGCCUUCCAUAACUAGUAAUAUAGUAUGCAAAUUAAAAGGUUUUAAUACUCAGUCAUUUUUUUCUCCAAGAAACAACCUUGGAAUGAUUCUUAAGUAAAUUUCUCAUAAUAUGAGAAUAGUUUAUGAAAUAUCUCAGCUGAAUAAAAGUCAUUUAUUUUUAUUAAAAUAAUUUUCUUCUCAA